CUUCGUUUCAAAAUCCACCAACCUAACAUUGUGUUUCAUCAUGGGCUUGAGCGAUUGGCUUCGCGCGCGAGGCUCGAACGACAGCAGCGCAAUAAAGCAGCAGUAUUACACGACCAUUCAAGGCGAGACACCGAGCCCGAGUGCCGAGCGCGGCGGCGAGAGCGCAGAGCGAGGAAUGCGAGGAGGAGGACGCAGCUUGAACGCCGGCGGAACUGUGGCUCGAACGACGGCCGCCACGACUGCUGCGGCUGCUGCGGCUGCGGCCGGGUCUUCGGGUGCCCCGCCGCGCACUACGACUGCUGCACUGGAAACAAGCAAUGCGUCAUCGUCGCCGGGCAGCCGACCGAUGGCUGAGGCAGCAACAGCAGCAGCAACAACAACAACUGCAGCAGCGUUACACCUGCGACAGCGUUCAUCCUCGUUUGGCAGCCACAGCCACUCGCCCGCGCCGCAGCAGCCGCGACUCCCGACAAGGACGGCUUCAACACCUGCCCUGAACUCACAGCACGGUCGACCUUCGUCUGCGCCGUCAUCGCAGCAGCAGCACCCGUUGCCUGGAUCGGCAGCGUCGUCGUCGUCAUCGUCUUCGCCGUUGCUGGUACAGCUUUCUCACCGGCACAGACUCGAGGACGAAUCGGCAUACUCGGACGUCAACGCGCCUCCCAAGCGCCGCCAGCGUCUCAUCUUUGUGUUCAAGCCCGAUCACGACCGCGUGGGCAUGCACUUGGCGCGGCUGCCGCUGCAUCCCGCGGGCUCGACGGGAUGGAAUCCGUGGACCCGGCAUUCGGUUGGUAGGAAACGCGCUCGAGCCGCUUCCAUGGGCAGCGCUUCUUCGGUCGAGACAGGCGGCGACAACAGCAUGCCGUUCAACCAGUUGACACCCAACCAGGCUCGCGAGAUGGCAGGCGUUGUGGGGCAAGCAAGAGGAGCUGCUGGUGGUUUGCCCCCAACGCGCCAGCCCAGUCUGCGUCAGAGAGCCGCGGGAUUUUUUAUGCGCCGAUCGUCCGAUAUGAGGUUGAACAGUGUAGGACAGGACUCGGAGAAUGUGUCGCCCAUUGGCAUGCCUGCAGUCGACCGCAGUCGUGACGGUCUGAUUGACGAUCCGCCGUACCUGCCGCCGUCGCCGCUCAACACGUCCGAGUCGACCAUCGCUUGGUCGAUGCGAGCGCGCCGGCACAGUGCCCCAGUCAACGACAUUUUGACUGCCGCGCCAAACUACGAUACCCACAGUAUGGAUGGGGAGGAAUCCAGGCAGCAUCCGUCCGCCGGAAUGGAAAGCGUCUUUGCGUUCUUGCAGCAGCAGGAAGAGCGCCAGUUGCAGCAAUCCGGCGAGCCGCCGAUUCGCUGGUUUGUCUCGUGUGUGAAUCGCGGCACGCCCGCCGCGCUGGCAGGCGUUCGGUUUGGCGACGAGAUUAUCAGCUUGGAGGGGAUUGACGCCAAGCUCUUCACACCCGAGACGUUCAAGUCCAUCUUUGUCAACAAGGUUCGCGAGUCGCGCCUGCGAGGCGAAGACAGCUGCUCCGUGGUCGUGGAAACCAUUGCCAACUCGGUUGGGCGCGACUUGUUUUGCGCGCACGAUCCCGUCACUGGAUAUGGCUUUUACAUGCACAACGGCAAGGUCACCAAGGUCAAGGCCGGCACCAACGCCGAACUGGCUGGCAUUCGCAAGUCUGACCACAUUAUUGCCGUCAACGGCCAGUGCGUGGUUGGGCUCGACGACGUGACGAUCCACAAGUUGAUUACCGCCCCGACAUCGCCUUCUGCAGAUUACUUGCCGCCGUACUCGGUCAAAGACAUGCAUAAGGCUGCGACUGUGACGGGCAUGCGCACCGCUCCAGGCGCGAGCGACGCUGUUGACCAAGGCCCAAUGUACAUUGAUUCGCCACGGGACGGGUCGACAGCAUCGCCGUUUGUUCCGCACAACGACGAUUCGCCGUUGGGAAUGCCUUCCGGCAUUAGCAAGCCGACGCUCUGCCUCAGUGUAAUUUCCGAGCCGCUCUACAAACGGCUAACAGCCUUUGUCACCGAGGCCAUGCUGCGGUUUAACAUGGACCAUUUGCCGCCCGUGAUUCCCCAGAUUGCCGAGCGCGCCCGCAACUUGCAGCUUCCGCCCUUGAUCACCCCUCCUUCGUCGAGAUCCACCACCCGUACCAGCGUGCAUGGCAGCAGCUCUUCGAGAAACAUCAUGGAGCGGUGUGUGGAUUACUUUAGAGCUCGAAACUGAGACGUGUGGUUGCAAUUGGGACGUUCGAGCGUUGUAAAUUUUGCUGGUGAGUGUUUGUUGAGCGUCUGCAUUUUUUAGUCGAUAAAACGUGUUAAUAUGAUCCAGUUGCAACAACGA